CUCUGAUAUUGCAGAAUGUGGGAAAGAAUUUGCGAAGAGUAUGCGCAACAAUUAAUAACGAACCAUAAUCCAGGAAAAGCAGUAACAUAUUUACUAAGGAUAAACAAAAUUGACAAAGCCUUAGAAGUGCUUUUAGAUGCUUUCAUGUAUGAGGAGGCAUAUACACUCGGAAGAUUGAAAUUAGAUGCUGAUGAUUCGUUUCUAAAUCGAAUAUUAGAGUCCUGGGCGACAUGGGCUAGUUUUGAAGGUCAUCUAAAAGAAGCAGCUAAGUGGUAAGGCAAUUAUUUUUUAAUAAAUAUU